CAGAUUGGCAGGCGAUAUAUGGAGCUAGAAUCAACCUUCAAAUCUUUCUUUUUUUAGGUGUGGAUUUUCAGCUGAACUUUGUUGCAUGCUUGAUAAAACUGAAUCACUCUCCCCUUUCCUGUCCUUCCACGGAAAAAGUUUGAACUUCGGUAAGCGAAUCGUCCAAAAAGCACUUCCCUAAUUCUUGAUUGCUAAAGGAUGGGAACAAGAGAGUCUUCAAAUGUAUCUGAAACUGGCUCAUUCUCCAUUGUUUUGCUUUGUGCUUCUGGUGAUCUGGCUGAGAAGAAGUCGUUGUUUCUCGCACUUUUCCACCUGUAUGAGAAGGGGUUACUACCACCAACAGAAGUUCAAAUUUUUGGUUAUGCAAGGACAGAAAUCUCUGAUGAUGAACUGAGAGAUCAAUUGCGAGAGUAUCUUAUUCCUGCCAAAUAUCAUUCCCCGAAACAGGUGGAAGAUGUAUGGGAUUUUCUGAAUCUGAUCAAAUACAUAAGUGGCUCUUACGAUUCUGAGGAAGGGUUUCGCUUGUUGGACAAAGAGAUUUCAGAGCAUGAAUAUUCGAAAAACAGCGAAGGGGGUUCGUCUCGGCGGCUUUUCUAUCUUGAACUUCCUCCUUCAGUAUAUCCAUUUGUUUGCAAGAUGAUCAAGACUUGUUGCAUGAAUAAAUCCAAUCUUGGUGGGUGGACACGCAUUGUAGUUGAGAAGCCUUUUGGAAAGGACCUAGAAUCUGCAGAAGAACUAAGUACUCAGAUUGGAGAGUUGUUUGAGGAGCCACAAAUCUACCGUAUUGGUCACUACUUGGGAAAAGAACUAGUGCAGAAAAUGUUGGUACUUCGUUUUGCAAAUCAAUUGUUUUUGUCUCUUUGGAACCGUGACAACAUCGACAAUGUACAGAUAAUUUUCAAAGAGGAUUUUAUAAUUAAAGCCCAUGGUGGAUAUUUUGAUCAAUAUGGAAUUAUCCGAGACAUUAUUCAAAACCAUCUGCUUCAGGUUCUCUGCUUGGUUGCUAUGGAAAGGCCUGUUUCUCUCAAUCCUGAGCACAUUCGGGAUGAGAGAGUGAAGUUUCUUGAAUCAGUAGUAUCUAUUAGCGAUGCUGAGGUUGUUCUUGGACAAUAUGAAGGCUAUAGAGAUGACCUAACCGUACCUGAUGACUCGAACACUCCAACUUUUGCAGCUGUUAUUCUGCGCAUACACAGCGAAAGAUGGAAAGGUGUUCUCUUCAUACUAAAAGCAGGGAAGGCCUUAGAUUCUAGAAAAACAGAGAUAGGAGUUCAAUUCAAGAUGUUCCUGAUGAUAUUUUCAAGGAUGUUCCUCAUGAAAUUUUCCUGAAAUUUUCUAGUACAGUACCUUUUUCAUUUUUGGGUGUUAUCUCUUCAUACAUAAAAAGUAUUGAGAUGUUGAUCAUGUCAAUAAUCCAUAGUCGCAAACAUGACAAACAUAGAUAC